CCAUGAACUCUCCCGCCACUGGGAGAGAGCAGCUGUCAGGGCGGUGUUUCCUCCAGUUUGAUUACUAGCUGGCUAAAGAAAAUCUUGCGGGUUUAUUAGGGACGGAGAAAACGUGGAGUUGAAAGUUUGCAAGUUGACCUGGUGGGACCGAGUGACAGAAGGUAGCCAAGAUGCAGUUCUCAGGAAGGAUUCGGAAGAAGCUGCGCUUGGCAGGUGACCAGAGGAAUGCUUGUUACCCUCACAGCCUUCAGUUUUACCUCCAGCCGCCUUCUGAAAACAUAUCUUUGACAGAGUUCGAAAACUUGGCUGUUGAUCGACUUAAGUUGCUAAAAACAGUUGAGAAUCUUGGUGUGAGCUACGUGAAAGGAACAGAACAAUACCAGAGUAAGUUGGAGGCUGAGCUUCGAAAACUCAAGUUUUCCUACAGAGAGAACUUAGAAGAUGAAUACGAGCCACGCAGAAGGGACCACAUUUCCCACUUUAUUUUGCGCCUUGCAUACUGCCAGUCGGAAGAUCUUAGACGAUGGUUUAUUCAACAAGAAAUGGAUCUGCUUCGAUUUCGAUUCAGCAUUUUACCCAAGGAUAAAGUUCAGAAUUUCUUAAAGGAUAGUCAUUUGCAUUUUGAGGCUAUCCUGAAGAUGAACCCAGGAGGCCUACUGAUGGUUUUAACUGAGAUAAGUGAUGAAGAGAAGACUCUUCGAGAACAGGAUAUCAUUGCAUCCUCGCCAAGCCUAAGUGGGGUGAAGUGGGAAUCGGAGUCAGUUUAUAAGAUCCCCUUUGCUGAUGCUCUGGACCUGUUCCGAGGAAGGAAGGUCUAUUUGGAAGAUGGCUUUGCCUAUGUGCCGCUUAAAGACAUUGUGGCCAUCAUUCUGAACGAGUUCAGAGCCACGCUGUCUAAGGCUCUGGCACUAACAGCCAGGUCCCUGCCUGCCGUCCAGUCAGAUGAGCGACUCCAGCCUCUGCUCAAGCACCUCAGUCAUUCUUACACUGGCCAAGAUUACAGCACCCAGAAGAACACUGGGAAGAUUUCCUUAGAUCAGAUUGAUUCGCUUUCUACCAAAUCCUUCCCACCUUGCAUGCGUCAAUUGCACAAGGCUUUGAGGGAAAAUCACCAUCUUCGUCAUGGAGGCCGGAUGCAGUAUGGCCUAUUCUUGAAGGGCAUUGGCCUAACUUUGGAACAAGCACUGCAGUUCUGGAAGCAAGAGUUUAUCAGAGGAAAGAUGGAUCCAGACAAGUUUGAUAAGGGUUACUCUUACAAUAUCCGGCACAGCUUUGGAAAGGAAGGCAAGAGGACAGACUAUACGCCUUUCAGUUGCAUGAAGAUUAUCCUGACCAAUCCUCCAGGCCAAGGGGAUUAUCAUGGGUGCCCAUUCCGUCACAGUGAUGCAGAGCUGCUGAAGCAGAAGAUGCAGUCCUACAAGAUUCCUGCCUCGGGGAUCAACCAGAUUUUGGAUUUAGUAAAGGGGACUCAUUACCAGGUAGCCUGUCAGAAGUACUUCGAGAUGACACAUAAUGUGGAGGAUUGUGGCUUUUCUUUGAAUCAUCCGAAUCAGUUCUUCCUUGAAAGCCAGCGGAUCCUAACUGGUGGCAAAGACAUCAAGAAGGAAUUCAGCCAACCAGAAACUCCUCAGCCCAAACCCAGUGUCCAGAAGGCGAGGGAUGCAUCGUCUGCCUUAGCCUCUCUAAACUCCUCCCUGGAAAUGGAGCUGGAGGACCUAGAAGAUUGUUUUAGUAAUUGAUGUGGCCACUUCAGUACAUUUCCCCCCCAGUUAAUGCAUUCCUGUUUGUAAGGUUUGCCUUUUUAAAGCCCUGCUGUUGAACAACUUCCUCUACCCACCUAUUCCAUGUACAGACAUUUGUUAGCAAAGCAAGCUUGCUUCUACCUUAAUUGUGACAUGAUGAUAAAAGACAGUGUUCUGUUGAAAUCUUUUAUUGAAUAUUUUGAUCUGAAUCCUGUUUCAGAAAAUUAAAACAGAACUUAGUGACUAAAGUUCUGAGGCAGCAAAUACAACUAAAACCAGUUUCACAUAUUAGAAUUUUGACCCAGUCCUCUUUUGGAGCAUUUUUGCUAAUAAAUAUGAACAUGUAUAUGACUA